AAACUCAGAUCAAAACAUCGGAGCGGAGUGCGUGAUCGAAUCGAAGCCGCAUCGCAUUUUCUCGUCAGUUUUCUGUUCUUCCUUUAUUUUUGGAAAUUCACGCGGAAUAAUCUUAAUUCUACAGCAAACUACUAGUGCGUUCCAAAUGUCCGAUCCCAGUUCCAAGGACACCGUCCUGAAGACGGCCAUGAUCUACGUUUGCGGUGAAUGCCAUCACGAAAACGAGAUGCGUCCCCGAGAUCCGAUCCGUUGCCGCGAGUGCGGAUACCGUAUCAUGUACAAAAAGCGCACCAAACGAUUGGUCGUCUUCGAUGCCAGAUGAAUGUGCAGACGAUAGAAUUCUAUGGAAUAAUAUAAACCUCUUUUUAUAAGUACGAAAUAAGUCUAUGAUUAUUUAAAAUAG